CCAAACCGAACAUCAAAUAAGUUACCGGUAAAUGCAAUCACUGACGAAUCUGCAUGCAACAAAAUUUAUAGAGUUUACAGAGUAUAUCGACAGCGUUGGGUCAUUCUGGCAGUAGUUGCACUAUUGAAUAAUUCAAACACGAUGUCCUGGAUUUCUUUUGCACCCGUUUCCAAUUAUGUUGAUGCUUUCUAUGGAAGUAAAGCAGCUAAUUGGUUUUCCUUAGUUUACAUAAUCUGCACUAUACCAGUAGGCAUGUUUGCAAUCUGGAUGGGUAGUUCAUUUGGACUUCGGUUGGCUAUUCUUAUCGCUGCUUGGACUAAUGGUAUUGGUGGUACUGUUCGUUUUAUUAGUUCAUUUCUACCGUUGCAUUUGCGUUUUCCGAUUGGGAUUUUUGGACAAGCAGUGGCUGCUUGUGCAUAUCCAUUUAUUAUGUUUCUUCCUUCAAAAGUUGCUGCGUCCUGGUUUGGAGAAAAUGAGAGGGCGUUAGCGACAACUAUUGGAGUCAUGGCAAAUCCUUUAGGAGUACUGAUGGCAAAUAUUCUUUCUCCACAAAUAGUACAAUCACUCGCAGAUGUAAGAGUUAUCCCUGAAAAGGGAGAGAGUAAUUUUCAGGUAUUAAUAAUAAAUGCUGUAACAUUUGUACCUUCCAUUCUGAUUUGUUUGGUGGCAACAUUUUGCGUGAUUCGUUCAGAACCUCGAACACCUCCAUCACGUAGUGCUGCUCAGUUACAUGUACCAUUUCUUCUUGGAAUGAAACAGUGUUUUACUAACAAGGCGUAUUUACUGCUCUUGAUAGUUAUGGGUGGUGGAAUUGGCAUGUUUAAUUGUUUAUAUACAGUAAUACAGCAACUUUUUUGUGCAACGGGACAUUCGAACUCAUUUUCUGGUUUGUGUGCUGCAUUAAUGAUAAUUGGUGGGGUUUUCGGAGCUACUGGUUCAGGAAUGUUUGUUGAUCGAACCAAACUUUAUGAAGAAACGAUGAAAGUGUGCAUGUCACUAGCUGUCUUUUUUGGCAUUGUAUUUUUGCAAUUAACUUUACACCCUGGUUUAACUAUUUAUCUUGCUGUUACUGCUUUCUUAUUUGGCGUUUUGGGACUCGCAACAUAUCCAGUUGGUCUAGAAUUGGCUUCCGAAUGUACCUUUCCGGUAUCUGAAAUAACGUCAACAGGCCUUGUAGUGCUAAGUGGGCAGGUGCAUUCAAUAGCUUAUGUAGCUAUAAUGAGUUUAUUUUCCCGACCGCUGCAAUCGUCUUACAAACACAUUCAAGUCUGUACAAUCGGAAGUGAUGCCGAUUCUACUUCCAUAUCGCAAGAUAGCUCUAUCUCAAUUAUUUUUCAGGUAAUGUCCGGAAUAGCUACUUUACUUGCAAUAGUAUUAGUUGUAUUUUUCAAACCGACUUGUAAACGUAUGGAAGCAGAAAAAAAUACUCGAGACAUUUCGCUAAAAGCAAAUGGAAAAGAGGUAUGUGAGAUUAGGCAACUAAAUGAUUUGAUCUCUACAAAAGACGAGAGUUUUGUACCAUUAGCUCGACAGCAGAGUAGCAGUUGA